AUGGGCUUGUGGUUGAACGACAGUGAGCUUUAUCCUUUGCAUGGCGGCUCGGCUCGGCUCCACCACGGCCGCGCGGGAUUAGGAAAGCUGCGUAUGCCCUCCAUGUGUUUGCCUGCCGAAGCCUGGGAGCUGUUAAAAGUCUCCGCAUUGUAUGUGGAGGGUGUUUCACCUGCACCAUGUACGACGAUGGUGCUUGCAGAGCGUUUGCCGGUAGAUGAGGUUGAGAUGGAAGAGGACUCAGAGAACGCUCCCGCAAAGCCAGCUGCUCCAGAGGCUUUUGUCGAAGCGGAGCAAGCGGAGCACAUACCCGCAAGCAAACUGAAGGCUUCAGAUGAAGCUUCAGAAAGCCGUGCCGCUGCAGAGGCCUCCUCAAUGCUCGGGCUGCAGAACCACGAGAACGCCUCAGCGAACACCCUCGUAAAGACUGCACACAAGGCCUUUGCGUCGGCGACAAGUUCGCAGAGAGCUAAAACCAAGGCUUCCAUGGCCAAACAGAAGGCUGCGAUGCACCGGCUGUUUGACCGACGAACCUCCGAGGCAGCCCACACAGGGCACAUCUCGGUGGUAGCAAAGACCCAUGGCCGACGCCACCAGCGUUGGGACUUGGGCAACGACUAUUCUAGCGACCACGAGCGGGAGGAGGAUGAGGAUGGAGACGCAUCUGCCGAGUCCAUGUCGAGGUAUCAAAAGCUGACAGAAGACCAGAGACAGCAGAUGCGAGUGUUGGAACAGGAGCUAGACAGCAAGCAUCCUGCCAACAGCACGGGUGGCGUUCUGGCAUCUGUUGCCGAGCAGCCGAUGCUGCUGGCAGUGGCCGGAGGCAUCGGAGCGUCUGUCGGCAACACGGGCAGCAUCAACUUCGAUCGGGAUUUAAUUCGCCGAAUGAAGAUGCAGGACGUGGUCGUCAUGUGCUUGCUCUUGUUUGUCUACUUUGCCACUUUGUCCUUCAGCGCGUGCCUGGCGCACAGACAGGCUGCCAAUAGAUCUCGGGUGAAGUUCUACGCAGACCCGCGCAUGUACAUCAGCACCGUAGACCAGGCAGAGGAGACCGUCUUCCUGGAGGCUUUCAAUCAGCAGCCGAAGCAGGUUCACCUUCGAGUCACAGGCUACCUCCCGGUGACCAACAACUUCCCGGGGUCUUUCUUCUGGAGAGAUGGCCUCUACGCCGUCGCAUUUUCCUUCGCGCUAGACUUGACGCCAUGGGUGUCACGAGCUAGCAUCCGUUAUCCAGAGGACACGGAUGAUGAGGAUGAACCAGACGCUGGAGUGGAGGCGCAGGACUUGCUGAAGCUUCGCAAGUUCCUGGCCGAAGAUGCCAACGACAUGGCCAUUGUCGAAAUGAGAAAAACUAUCGAUUGGGCAUGCUGGGACGAGCUGGCCAUGAACAUCAAGCACCAAGUCCGCCAAGCUGGUUUUCAAGGAGUUAUCAAUAUUGAUCGAACGGAGCAGGAAGAGAUGUGCGUGUACAAGAACACGCAGUGGGCCAACUUCAUGCACGGCAAAGCUUUGAAGGUGCUGUUGGCCCUCAGUGUAGUGGGAUGGCUCGUUUACGUGCCAUACAUGUGGGUGCGAUGCACGCAUCUUCAAGUCCGCUGCGCGCACAGCGUCAAGAUUUCAAUAAGUGACUUCUGGCCUUUCAUCGCUGACGGCCUGAGCUCUAAUGGUUUCCUGGUGGGCGAGGCGCCUCAGGCAGUCUUCCCUGCCAUGAGAGCGGACCGCGCCGAGGCAGAUUCGUCUGAGGAUGAUGAUGACCAAGCAAGGGCCAACAGUGAUUGA